AGGAAGAUCUCCGUCCAGGCUGCCUCUCCCACCCUCCGCGCCCGGGGACCCUCAAGAAAAAAAAUCCAGCACCCCGAUCCCGCGGCUAGCCCCUCCCCCCAGGCUCUCUCCGCUGGAUUUCGCCACCGUUAUGUGGGAAGCGAAUCCGUGGUGGAGUUCUUUAGCUGUUUUCUUUCAGUGGACAAAACCGACGACCGGGGAAUCUUUCCUCUGCAAGUCUGCCUCCCUCCUUGCUUGACUUCGGUGUUUGCAUUAUGUCUGAGAUGUUUCACAAAGCAGAAGAAGUCUUACUCAAAACGACCGAGAAGGAGAUGGAGGAGAUGGAUACGUCCGACACCCAGUGGGGCUGGUUUUACUUGGCAGAAUGUGGGAAGUGGCAUAUGUUCCAGCCGGAUACCAACAUUCAGUGUUCAGUUAGCAGUGAAGAUAUCGAAAAAAGCUUCAAAGCAAACCCUUGUGGCACCAUUUCUUUUUCUACUUCCAAAUUCAGCUACAGGAUAGACUUUGCAGAAAUGAAGCAAAUGAAUCUCACCACCGGGAAACAGCGCUUAGUGAAAAGAGCCCCCUUUUCCAUCAGCACUUUCAGUUACAUCUGUGAAAAUGAAGCUAUCCCUCUGCCGCUACACUGGGAGCACGUGAACACCGAAGUUCCCUAUCAGCUUAUUCCUCUGCAGAGUCAAACCCACGAGUAUAACGAAGUUGCUGGUCUCUUUGGGAAAACAAUGGAUCGCAACCGAAUUAAAAGAAUUCAGAGAAUUCAAAAUCUAGACUUGUGGGAAUUCUUUUGCAGGAAAAAGGCUCAGCUCAAGAAAAAAAGGGGUAUCCCUCAGAUCAACGAACAGAUGCUGUUUCAUGGUACCAGCAGUGAAUUUGUGGAAGCCAUUUGCAUUCAUAACUUUGAUUGGAGAAUAAAUGGCAUCCAUGGUGCUCUCUUUGGGAAAGGGACCUACUUCGCUAGAGACGCUGCGUACUCCAGUCGCUUCUGCAAAGAUGACCUCAAGCAUGGGAACACCUUCCAAAUCCACGGGGUCAGCUUGCAGCAGCGGCAUCUCUUCAGAACCUACAAAUCUAUGUUCCUCGCCCGAGUGCUCAUUGGGGACUACAUAAACGGAGACUCCAAGUACAUGCGACCUCCUUCCAAAGACGGGAGCUACGUGAAUUUGUAUGACAGCUGCGUGGAUGAUACCUGGAAUCCAAAGGUCUUUGUGGUCUUUGAUGCCAACCAGAUCUAUCCCGAAUACUUGAUAGACUUCCACUGAGUCCGCUCCCAGAGCCCCACGGUCACGGAAGGGUUGUCCUUCUUGCAGGAAGAUUCGCUCUCCGAUCGUCUAGCCACUGAAGGUUCAUGAUCUGAUACUUUUGAAACAGAUAUGAAAAAAAUGAGUGGCCUCCCUAUAAAAAGAGACACUGACGUUAAGGUUGGUUAUUUUGUUGGUGGUGUGUUUUCGUCUGAUACUCAUCGUCCUGUUUUUUUGUUUUGUUUUUAAUGACACCGUUGCCAUUUUACCACACCAGGGUGAAAGAUACCAUUGGACCUUGGGUGAGCUGUGCCUCAAAUGCCCUGGGCACACAAAAUUUUCUCAAAUCAGUGUGCGUGCCAGCAAGAGCCAUGCUUUGUGCCCAUGCAGACUACUUAUUCAGAUCUGUGUUCCCAAAAAGAGUUAAAAUGUUGGCAUCCCUGUGUCCCUGUAGAGGACUUCAUCUGUUGUCAGUUGAAUUCCGGGGUUUCUAACCUCCAGUUAGCUUGUUGCUUUGUUGGCCGUCUGAAGGAAGGAGGAGAGAUUCCAACCUCCAAACAGGAGUAUUGCUUUCGAGGAACCAGAAACAAGAAAACGGUGUGCAGUGCCACCACACAAGCCGGAAGGAGAAAGUCCAGGUCGAGGGCCCUGCUUCCGGUUGCCUUAGGAGAGCAGGCUGCAGCCUCUGCUUCGCGCCCAGCAUUCUCUUCUGUCUCCUACACUGAGUUGACAGUUGCCAAUGUCACCAGCCUAUGGAUCAUCCACCAAAGGGAGGGUGUUGUGUGCUCCACGCCAGACACAGGUGUCGAUUGCAUCUUCAAAGUGAAGCUUUUAUUUAUUAUUGAAAAUAUUUAUUUUGUUUUUGUUUAGGGGCCCCUAACAAUGAUUUCCAAAAUCCACGUUCCUAAGUUGUAGCUCGCAUGAUGAAUGGCUGCAGAAAGCUUAGAGUGUUUGAGAAACCUGGCGGAACCAUUGAGUAGCAGUGGACAAUCCACGUACUUUCCUGCAGAGUGAAACGCCAUUCAGAAUAGCACUGAUGGAAACUUGUGUAGCUGCCCGCUCCGUUUCACUGUGCUAGCGGAAGAAAGAAAGCAGUAGUGUCACACCAGCGUCUCUGAGACAACCACUUGAAAGGAGGGUUAAACGGGAGUUCAAACCUGAGGGAUUUGCUGAGGGACUGACCAGAUGAUGGUUAAGGGUCUUUCCACGGUUGAUUUGCCGUGAUUCCACAUGAAAAUGAGAGUACUUAGACCAGGCCUUUCCUAGGAAGCCUUUUUCUAAUUCACUCCAUCACUGAAUUCUUUCUCCAUUAUUCUUGCCCAGGUUUGGUGGCUAUUGAGUGAACAUCAUUUGACUUCCCUAGAAAAGCCCUAUUAUGUGUCUCUUGUUCUCGCGGAGAUUGGCCAGGUCUGUAGUGUGAAUCAAGAAGGCUUUCAGAAAGCAUAGAGAGAGAGAGUUAAGGCAUGAGAUCUGGGAGGCUGUUCUCCAAGGGUCACGUGUCCCCAGCUCUUCAUUGUCAGUAGGCCACCUGUCACUGUGCAGGUAGACGGAAGUGGGACACGGGGAACUGCAUGAACAGAACUGUGAAGCAAAGAGGCAGCCGCCGUUGCACAAGUCAGAUGUGUAGCCUGCCAGCCUGCUCAUACCACGUGUGGCAACUGUUUAGAGCAGUGGUUCUCCACCUUCCUCGUGCCGUGACCCUUUCAUCCAGUUCCUCAUGUGGUGGUGACCC